AUGGCCAAAAAAGCUAUUGAUUCUCGUAUUCCGUCUAUCAUCAGAAAUGGUGUCCAAACUAAGCAAAGAUCUUUUUUUGUGAUUGUCGGUGAUAAUGCUCGUAAUCAACUUCCAAAUCUGCAUUAUUUAAUGAUGAGUGCUGAUUUAAAAAUGAACAAAUCUGUUCUAUGGGCCUAUAAGAAUAAGUUAUCUGGUUUCACUUCUCAUAGAAAGAAAAGAGAACAAAAAAUCAAGAAAGAAAUCAAGAGAGGUACAAGAGAUGUCAAUGAACAAGAUCCUUUUGAAACUUUUAUCUCAAAUCAAAGUAUUAGAUAUGUAUACUAUAAAGAAACCGAAAAAAUUUUAGGUAAUACUUAUGGUAUGUGUAUUUUACAAGAUUUUGAAGGUCUAACACCGAAUUUAUUAGCAAGAACCAUCGAAACAGUUGAAGGUGGUGGUAUGAUCAUCAUCUUAUUGAAAUCAAUGACAUCAUUGAAACAAUUGUAUACCAUGACUAUGGAUAUUCACUCACGUUAUAGAACAGAAGCCCAUAACGAUGUUAUUGCAAGAUUUAACGAAAGAUUUAUUUUAUCUUUAGGUUCUAACCCAAAUUGUUUGGUGGUGGAUGAUGAAUUAAAUGUAUUACCUAUUUCUGGUGGUAAAAAUGUAGAGAGGUUACCACCUCCUGAUACUGAUGAAUUAACUCCAAAACAAUUGGAAUUAAAAGAUUUAAAAGAAUCAUUAGAGGAUGUUCAACCUGCAGGAUCAUUAGUUGCCUUAUCGAAAACCGUCAACCAAGCUCAUGCUAUCUUAACUUUUAUUGAUGCAAUUUCUGAAAAAACAUUAAAUUCAACUGUCACUCUAACAGCUGGAAGAGGUAGAGGUAAAUCUGCUGCUUUGGGUAUCUCUAUUGCUGCUUCAGUUGCACAUGGUUAUUCCAACAUUUUCGUUACUUCUCCAUCCCCAGAAAACUUAAAAACAUUAUUUGAAUUUGUUUUCAAAGGUUUUGAUGCAUUAGGUUACCAAGAACAUAUUGAUUAUGAUAUCAUCCAGUCGACUAACCCUGAUUUCAAUAAAGCAAUCGUUAGAGUUGAUAUUAAACGUGACCAUAGACAAACUAUUCAAUAUAUUAUGCCAAAUGACAAUCAUUUAUUAGGUCAAGCAGAAUUAGUCGUCAUUGAUGAAGCUGCUGCCAUCCCAUUACCAGUUGUUAAAAAGUUGUUAGGCCCAUAUUUGAUUUUUAUGGCUUCCACAAUCAACGGUUACGAAGGUACUGGUAGAUCAUUAUCCUUAAAGUUAAUUCAACAAUUGAGAACUCAAUCAGCUACAAGUGGCCGUGAAAACUCACAAACUGAACUUUCCUCCAGAGAUAAUAAGAAGAGUGAUGGUAUGUACGCCACUUCUCGUCAAUUAAGAGAAAUUUCAUUAGAUGAGCCUAUUAGAUAUGCUCCAGGUGAUCCAGUAGAAAAAUGGUUAAAUAAAUUAUUAUGUCUAGAUGUUACAUUAAUCAAGAACCCUAAAUUUGCAGCAAGAGGCACACCACAUCCUUCACAAUGUAAUCUAUUUAUCGUAAACAGAGACACAUUGUUCUCAUACCACCCUGUUUCUGAAAAUUUCCUGGAGAAGAUGAUGGCUCUUUAUGUUGCAUCCCAUUAUAAAAAUUCACCAAAUGAUUUACAACUAAUGAGUGAUGCACCAGCACAUCAGCUGUUUGUCCUAUUACCCCCGGUCGAUCCAAAAGAUAGUGGUAGAAUUCCAGAUCCAUUGUGUGUUAUCCAAAUUGCUCUUGAAGGUCAAAUUUCCAAGGACAGUGUAAGAAACUCCUUAUCUCGUGGUAAGAGAGCAGGCGGUGAUCUAAUUCCAUGGUUAGUUUCACAACAGUUUCAAGAUGAAGAAUUUGCUGGUCUAAGUGGUGCUCGUAUUGUUAGAAUUGCUACUAAUCCAGAGUAUUCAUCUAUGGGUUAUGGUUCUCGUGCCAUUCAAUUAUUAAGAGAUUAUUUCGAAGGUAAAUUUGCCGAUAUGUCUGAAAAUACUAAGCCAAAGGACUAUUCCUUAAAAAGGGUCAAUGACCACGAAUUAGCUAAAACUAACUUACUGAAAGAUAAUAUUACGUUGAGAGAUGCUAAGACAUUACCUCCAUUAUUAUUACAACUAUCAGAACAACCUCCAAGCUUCUUACACUAUUUAGGUGUUUCAUAUGGGUUAACUCAAGAAUUACAUAAAUUCUGGAGAAAUAACAAAUUUGUUCCUGUUUACUUACGUCAAACCGCCAAUGAUUUAACUGGUGAACACACUUGUGUUAUGUUAAGUGUACUAGAAGGUAGAGAAUCAAAUUGGUUAACCCAAUUUGCCAAAGAUUUCCAUAAAAGAUUUUUGUAUUUAUUAUCUUAUGACUUCUCUAAAUUUACCUCAGUACAAGCUCUAAGUGUUAUUGAAAGUAGCAAGAAAGCUUCCUCAUUAUUUGACUCAGAAAACUCAACCUUAGAUACACAAUUAACUAAGAAACAAUUAGAUGAGAUUUUCUCACCAUUUGACUUGAAGAGACUAGAUAGUUAUGCCAACAAUUUGUUAGAUUAUCAUGUUAUUGUUGAUAUGUUACCAAUGUUAUCUAUGUUAUACUUUGGUGGCAAAUUUGGAACUGAAGUAAAAUUAUCAAGCGUCCAAAGUGCUAUUUUAUUAGCCAUUGGUCUACAACAUAAACGUAUUGAUGAUAUCUCGAAAGAACUAAACUUACCAGCUAAUCAGAGUAUAGCCAUGUUUGCCAAAGUAAUGAGAAAAGUCUCGAUUUAUUUCCGUCAAGUAUUGAGCGAUUCUAUAGAGGAAGAAUUGCCAGCAUUGAAAGAUGAUAAUCUAGAUGAAAUGAAUGGUGAAGAGAUUAAGACCUACGAUGCAGCCGGUACAAUGGAUCAAUUAGAAGAAGAUUUGGAAGAAGCAGGUUCUGAAGCUGUGAAAGCAAUGAAGGAAAGACAGCAUGAAUUAAUCAACUCAUUGAACCUUGACAAAUACGCCAUUAAUGAUGAUAGCACAGAUUGGAAUGAAUCCAAGAAGAGUCUAGAGAAGGCCGUCAAAACUAAAGGUGUCGUUUCUGUCAAAACUGGUAAAAAGAGAUCCACAGAAAAGUCAGAUGACAUUUACAAGUCAGAGAUGAAUAGUUUAAGGAAGGCCAAGAAGUCCAAGAAAUCUUCCAAAAAAAAUUAG